AUGCUGCAAAAGAUAAAGAUAUGGCUAUUGGUGAUAUUAUUAUUGAUGCUGCUAAUAUAAAUGAUAUACAAUUUAGAGAAUAUAUUAAUCCAGUAUUAGCCACAGAAAUUGAAAUUCCCUGUGAUGGUUGUGAAUUUCAAGAACAUGAAGCGAUUUUAUGUUUAAAUUUAAAUAAGUUAAAUGUUUCUAUUGAAUUGGGUGAAAAUUUUAACAUGACAGAAGAAAAUUGUGGUAUUCCAGUAUUUUUUAAUUCUAGUUAUAUUGAAGAGGCAUGGAAGUCUGAUUUUUCUGGAGGUGAUACAUUAGAUAAUUUGUUUAUAUUAAUGCAAAAAUUUUAG